AUGGCUGUCACAGUGUCCCAUCCCCCAGCAUGGCUGUCGCAGUGUCCCAUCCCCCACCGUGGCUGUCGCAGUGUCCCAUCACCCAGCGUGGCUGUCGCAGUGUCCCAUCACCCAGCAUGGCUGUCGCAGACAGUGUCCCAUCCCCCAGCAUGGCUGUCACAGUGUCCCAUCACCCAGCAUGGCUGUCACAGUGUCCCAUCCCCCAGCGUGGCUGUCGCAGUGUCCCAUCCCCCAGCGUGGCUGUCACAGUGUCCCAUCCCCCAGCAUGGCUGUCACAGUGUCCCAUCACCCAGCAUGGCUGUCACAGUGUCCCAUCCCCCAGCGUGGCUGUCGCAGUGUCCCAUCCCCCAGCGUGGCUGUCGCAGACAGUGUCCAUCACCCAGCGUGGCUGUCACAUACAGUGUCCCAUCCCCCAGCGUGGCUGUCGCAGUGUCUCAUCCCCCAGCGUGGCUGUCACAGUGUCCCAUCCCCCAGCGUGGCUGUCGCAGUGUCCCAUCACCCAGCGUGGCUGUCACGGUGUCCCAUCACCCAGUGUGGCUGUCACAGUGUCCCAUCACCCAGCGUGGCUGUCACAGUGUCCCAUUCCCCAGCAUGGCUGUGGCAGACAGUGUCCCAUCCCCCAGCGUGGCUGUCACAGUGUCCCAUCCCCCAGCGUGGCUGUCACAGUGUCCAUCACCCAGCGUGGCUGUCACAGUGCCCAUCCCCCAGCGUGGCUGUCACAGUGUCCAUCACCCAGCGUGGCUGUCACGGUGUCCCAUCACCCAGUGUGGCUGUCACAGUGUCCCAUCCCCCAGCGUGGCUGUCACAGUGUCCAUCACCCAGCGUGGCUGUCACAGUGUCCAUCCCCCAGCGUGGCUGUCAGUGUCCCAUCCCCCAGCGUGGCUGUCGCAGUGUCCCAUCCCCCAGCGUGGCUGUCGCAGUGUCCCAUCCCCCACCGUGGCUGUCACAGUGUCCCAUCCCCCAGCGUGGCUGUCACAGUGUCCCAUCACCAAGCGUGGCUGUCACAGUGUCCCAUCCCCCAGCGUGGCUGUCGCAGUGUCCCAUCACACAGCAUGGCUGUCACAGUGUGCCAUCCCCCAGCGUGGCUGUCGCAGACAGUGUCUCAUCCCCCAGCGUGGCUGUCGCAGUGUCCCAUCCCCCAGCGUGGCUGUCACAGUGUCCAUCACCCAGCGUGGCUGUCACAGUGUCCCAUCCCCCAGCAUGGCUGUGGCAGACAGUGUCCCAUCCCCCAGCGUGGCUGUCACAGUGUCCCAUCCCCCAGCGUGGCUGUCACAGUGCCCAUCCCCCAGCGUGGCUGUCACAGUGUCCCAUCCCCCAGCGUGGCUGUCACAGUGUCCCAUCCCCCAGCGUGGCUGUCACAGUGUCCCAUCCCCCAGCGUGGCUGUCACAGUGUCUCAUCCCCCAGCGUGGCUGUCGCAGUGUCCCAUCCCCCAGCGUGGCUGUCGCAGUGUCCAUCACCCAGCGUGGCUGUCACAGUGUCCCAUCCCCCAGCGUGGCUGUCACAGUGUCCAUCACCCAGCGUGGCUGUCACAUACAGUGUCCCAUCCCCCAGCGUGGCUGUCGCAGUGUCCAUCACCCAGCGUGGCUGUCACAGUGUCCCAUCCCCCAGCGUGGCUGUCGCAGUGUCCAUCACCCAGCGUGGCUGUCACAGUGUCCCAUCCCCCAGCGUGGCUGUCACAGUGUCCCAUCCCCCAGCGUGGCUGUCACAGUGUCCAUCUCCCAGCGUGGCUGUGGCAUACAGUGUCCUAUCACCGUGGCGACGCCGCUAACUCCGCGUGGCUGUCUUCGUGCUUCGGGGUGCACCUGGAGAGCUGGAACCCCAGCGGCGUGGGGGAGUGCUGUGUUUAA